UUUCAUGCAGAAGGAGGAGUCAGUUUCCAUGGCAUGGGCACAACACUCCGGAUGGUUAGGAGUGCCUGCCAGCACAGAGCUCCUCAAAUUUCACAGAAGACAGGCUGUUCUCACAUUUCAAAGCACUCACCUGGAGGGCUUACCACAACAAAGAUGGCCGGACCCCCGCCCAGAGUUUCAGAUUCUUUGUUUUCUGUCAUGGAAUUGGCCAAAAUGUCAGACAUGACAAAGCUUCACCAAGCUGUGGCUGCAGGAGACUACAGCUUAGUGAAGAAGAUUUUGAAGAAAGGUCUCUGUGACCCAAACUACAAAGAUGUAGACUGGAAUGACCGGACCCCACUUCACUGGGCUGCAAUCAAAGGGCAAAUGGAGGUGAUACGGCUCCUGAUAGAAUAUGGAGCCAGGCCCUGCCUGGUUACUAGUGUGGGCUGGACCCCAGCUCAUUUUGCAGCAGAAUCAGGCCAUCUGAAUGUACUCAAAACUCUCCAUGUAUUGCAUGCUGCCAUCGACGCCCCCGACUUCUUUGGAGACACACCAAAGAGGAUUGCACAGAUCUAUGGACAGAAAGCCUGUGUGGCAUUUCUGGAAAAGGCAGAGCCCGAGUGCCAGGACCACCGCCGUGUUGCCCAGCAGAAGGGGCUGCCUCUGGAUGAGCGUGAUGAAGACUGGGAUGCCAAGAAAAGGGAGCUGGAGCUGUCUCUUCCUUCCGUAAAUCAAAACAUGAAUAAAAAGAAUAAGAAAAGUAGAGGCCCCACCAGGCCCAGCAAUACCAAGGGGAGGAGAGUAUGAGAACUCAGCCUUAUGUUUUCUGGCAGGGAACUUUCCCUGGUGCCAGAAAUGAGGCUGUUAGGCAUGGUGGCCUUUCCAUGACUUUACUCAUAGACCCUUACCCACCUGGCUUCUGCCAAAAGCCCAUGGACCUGUCAUUAGGUGCUGUCCACAUGGGCUGUUGUUUCCCGGCUAGCACCUACUGUGUACAAUAAUUACCAGGAGAGGACAAAACCUGCUUGCAUUUUGCCAUCAGUGGUUUGCACAGUCAGCAUCUGUUGUCCCCUGCCCCCCAACAAUGAUAGAAUUUCAGGGGACAAGGAAA